AUGCCACUCCACAUCAAGGGUGCCUUGGAAGGCUUCCGCCGGAUAAGCUCAAAGGAGAAGUGGCUUCGGAUCGAUGAUACCCAAGAGUGGAACGAUGAGUACAAUCCCUUGUGGGAGGAGGAUGCGCUUCAGUUCCUAGAUUACUACCUCAAGGGGAUCAACAAUGGCUGGGAUCUAACGCCUCGUGUGCGUGCCGCAAUGACCGAUGCUGGUGGCUCAAAUCGCAGAGGGUACUACAACGACUGGCCUAUCGAAACUACUCAGUAUGAGAAGCUAUAUCUCGAUGCUAGUCACAGGACUCUCCUUCAUCGACCCUCAUCCGUUGAAAGCAAGGCAGCCUACGAUGUCACCACCGGUAACGCAACUUUUGUUACAACCUUCACCAACGAUACCCAGCUCGUCGGAUACUUCUCGGGUCACAUCUUCGUCGAAGCAGAUGGCUUCGCCGAUAUGGACUUAUUCCUCACACUCGAGAAGCUUGACCAGCACGGAAACCUCCUCGCACCCCUACCAGCUUGCACUGUGGAUGUUCAGAAGGGAUGUGAAUCUGCCGCCGGUGCUACAAAUGGGACACAAGCCCGCCUUCGCGUAUCUCUUCGGGCCCUCGACAAGAAAUUAUCGACGCCUUAUUUCCCGGUCCAGAGUUUCAAGGCCCCGCAAAAGCUCAGCGAGGGUGAGAUUGUUCCCAUUGAUGUUGCUUUCACCCCGAAUUCAUACUUCUUCCACGCCGGACAGAAGCUCCGGUUGGUGAUUUCGGCACAGUCUGGUACAACGGUUACUGGCAACAACAUUGGAUCUCAUAUUAUACACACCGGUGGAAAGUAUCAGUCCUAUGUACAGAUCCCUAUCGUCCCAGAAUAA